AUGAAAAUGAAAACAACAAUACUCCGCCUGCGCCUGCGCCCACGCCCAGCUGCUGGCCCGAAUCUCUACCGCCAGCUCAGAAACCACAGUACGGUCCCGACACACCCCGAGAAAAAGCUCACCGAAGACCCCCGGCUAAAGGAGCUUGGGCGAACAUUGUCAGACGAGUUCUCGACCAUCAGGGAGAAUUACAGGACACCGAAGAAUCCGAUUGUGCUGUGCCAUGGACUACUAGGAUUCAACGAGCUCCGUCUGGCAGGGCAGAUGCUGCCUGGUAUCGCGUACUGGCGCGGCAUCACGGAGGUGCUGAGGGCGAACGGGGUCGAGGUUAUCACGACUACUGUGCCGGCGUCGGGGUCGAUAGAGGUGAGGGCGAAGGCGUUGGCGGCGGGGAUUGAGGAGAGCCUGAAGGGGAGGAGCGUUAAUCUAAUUGGAGGCAUCGACGCCCGCUACAUGAUCAGCGAGCUCAAACCCACAAACUUCAAAGUCCUCUCUCUCACCACCGUCGCCACACCGCACCGCGGCUCCUCCUUCGCUGACUACAUACUCGACCUCAUCGGGAAAGAGCGCCUCCCCAGCGUAUACGCCGCCGUCGAGUCCUUGGGCCUCGAAACCGGCGCAUUCGCACAGCUCACGACACGCUACAUGGAGGAGAAGUUUAACAAGCUGAUCCUCGACGAUCCUAGCGUAAGGUACUUCUCGUACGGGGCGAUGGCGAAGCCGGGGAUGAUGUCGGUGUUUCGGCAGAGUCAUCGCAUUAUUGAGGAGAAGGAGGGGCCGAAUGAUGGACUGGUGUCGGUCAGGUCGGCGCAGUGGGGAACGUAUAAGGGCACGCUGGUGGGGCCGACGCACCUGGGGAUUAUUAAUUGGACGAAUCGGGUUUGGUGGAUGCUGACGGGGAAUAAGGCGACGUUUAAUGCGAUUGCGUUUUACUGCGAUAUCGCUGAUAUGUUAGCGGAAGAAGGCUUGUAA